AUGAAUGAAGAACUACUGAUAAAUGCAUCUCGAGAAGCAAUGGAACGAGCAUAUUGUCCUUACAGUAAUUUUCGAGUUGGUGCUGCUUUAUUAACAAACAAUGGUUCUAUAAUCACUGGUGGAAAUGUUGAAAAUGCAUCUUACGGCGCAACAAUCUGUGCUGAACGAAGUGCAAUUGUAAGAGCUAUUGCCGAAGGCUAUCAACAAUUCAAAGCAAUUGCAAUUUGCACAAAUCUCAAAGAACCAGCGUCACCUUGUGGCAUUUGUCGACAAUUUCUCGCAGAGUUCGGUGAUAUGCAGGUGAUAAUGGUGUCAUCAACGUCAAACAAAUUAGCAAAAAGUUUGCUGAAAGAUUUACUUCCGAUGCCAUUUGCAUCUGAUUGCCUUCUUACUCAAUAUUUGGCCCAAUAA